AAAAUGACAGCUGUUUUACGUGAUUACAGCUUCAUAUAAAUAAUAAAAAAUUAUUGGGCAAUAAUAAAUAAUGAGGUUACGAGUUGGUUACGAGUUGCGUGCACUGGUCACUUGUGAGCAUUGUGACGAGGUGGCGUAGCGCGGGCUUUGACUUCAUAAUCGUAAAAAAUUACCACAUAGAAAGAAUUUCGAUAAUUUUCUUAUUGAUAUAGCUUCGAUUGUCUGUUCAUUUAUAUUUUAUGUUACGUUCUUCAGUGUCGCGUAUCUCAUAAUGUCGGUGUCAGUGAAAGUGAAUCCAGAUUUACAGAAAGAAAGGGACAAUUGUACAUUUAACGUUACAGAACUUACAAACCUCAUAGAUGGAGGCCCGCAAAAAACUGAAGAAAGAAAGAAACGAGAGGAGAUGGUGUUCAAAGAAGGAAUACAUAUUGAUGAAGUGCCAUCAGACUAUCUUAGCCACAAGGAAAAAUAUGAACUGGCCGUUAAGAAAGCAUGCAUGCUGUUCAAAAUGAUGCGUAGACUUCAAGAAGAAGAAAAUGCUGGUAUGGAGAAUUAUAUGGCACUUUUGGGCGGGAACCUAGGGUCCGCCAUCUUGGGCGACGGUUCGCCACUAACGCUACACUAUGUGAUGUUCAUACCCACACUAAUGGGACAGGCGACGGUUGAACAGCAAGCGUACUGGAUCGGCAGAGCCUUCAAUCUCAGCAUCAUUGGCACAUAUGCACAGACGGAGUUAGGUCACGGCACGUUCAUCCGCGGUCUGGAGACGACAGCGACGUACGACGCGGCCACCAAGCAGUUCGUGCUGCACAGCCCCACGCUUACCGCAUACAAGUGGUGGCCCGGAGGACUGGCGCACACAGCCAACUACUGUGUGGUGAUGGCACAGUUGUAUACACAAGGGAAGUGUCACGGCAUACAUCCGUUCAUCGUGCAGCUUAGAGACGAGGAAACGCACAUGCCACUGCCCGGCAUCAAGGUCGGCGAGAUUGGCGCCAAGUUGGGCAUGAACGGCACAAACAAUGGCUUCCUAGGCUUCGACAAUGUUAGAAUACCAAGAGAACACAUGCUCAUGAAGAAUUCUAAAGUAUUGGAGGACGGUACAUAUGUGAACGCGCCGAGCUCCAAGCUGACGUACGGCACUAUGAUGUUCGUACGCGUCAUGCUGGUGCACGAUGUAUGCAACUACAUGGCCAAGGCCGUCACCAUCGCAACCAGAUACUCCGCCGUCAGACGCCAGUCACAGCUCAGGCCUAAUGAGCCGGAGCCUCAGAUCCUAGAGUACGUGACGCAGCAGCACAAGCUGCUGAUCGGCAUCUCGAGCGUGCACGCGUUCCGUCUCUGCGCCGCCUGGCUCUGGGACAUGUACAACAACGUCACAGCAGAGCUCGAGACCGGCGACCUGGAGAGGCUGCCUGAAUUGCAUGCGUUAUCGUGUUGCUUGAAAGCGAUAACGACAAGCGACGCUGCGGCGUGCGUGGAGCGCUGCCGGCUCUCGUGCGGCGGACACGGGUACAUGCUCUCCUCCAACCUGCCGCUCACGUACGGCCUGGUCACCGCCGCCUGCACCUACGAGGGGGAGAACACCGUCAUGUUGCUGCAGACUGCUAGAUACUUGGUGAAGGCGUGGCGCACCGCGGCGCACGCGCUGCCGCCCACCGUCUCGUACGUGGGGCUCGCGCGCACCGGCCGCCGCUCCCCGCCCUGGGACAACUCCCUGCAGGGCAUCAUCAGCGGCUUCCACACACUCGCCGCUGGGAAAAUAGGUCUUUGCGUGUCGCAGAUUGAGAAACGUCAGGCGAGCGGCAUGUCGUACGAAGACGCCUGGAAUAUGACCUCUGUGCAGCUCACGGCCGCUUCCGAGGCGCACUGCCGCGCCAUCAUCCUGUCCAGCUACUACACGGAGACUGAGAAGAUGUCGCGGGGAGUGUCCGCGCCGCUGCGUCUCGUGCUCACUCAGCUCGUUGAACUGUACGUAGUCUACUGGGCGUUGCAAUGUCUCGGAGAUUUGCUCAGGUUUACAUCGAUAUCUGAACGUAAUAUCGAAGAAUUACAAAACUGGUACGAAGAUUUGUUGGUGAAACUCCGACCUAAUGCUGUAGGCUUAGUGGACGCCUUUGAUAUCAGAGAUGAGAUUCUCCGUUCCGCUCUCGGUGCCUACGACGGUCGCGCGUAUGAGAGACUGAUGGAGGAGGCUAUGAAGAGUCCACUUAACAAGGAGCCAGUUAACGAAAGCUUUCAUAAAUAUCUUAAACCAUUUAUGCAAGGAAAACUAUAGACAACGUAUAUUGAUUUUAGUGUAGCCAUUUUUUUCAAUAGGUUUGCAAUAAUUAAUCAACAUUGAAUUCAAUCAGUCUCAUUUGACUUCAGACCUGUAUGAUUUUUAUGAGAGACAAUAAAUAAAAAUAGGUUUAUAAAAUGUAGCUACUUAUUAUAGUAAGAAAUGAUAUCAUGUUCAUGUCAUUAUAUUG